AUGCUUCCGUCUGCAAAGCCUGCACUGCGCCUCUGGACUUGCCGAAUGUUGCGCCAUCCGAAUGACGAACGGACCGGGAGCUCCUUGCUUUCACCCGCGUGUUCUGGACCAUUCAGCUACGUUGGCGCGGGACGGGCGCAUGUACUUUUGACCCAUCUCGGCACCAAAUGCCGGAUCGUUAUCUUGCAAGGCAGCAAGUCAAAGUAUAUAAAAGACUGCCCAGGCCACGGCGACUCUAUCUUCUAUCCCUCGACCAAUUACGAAAAGAUUGCCUAUCCCUCUGCCGCCUUGGAAGCUCUCACCCUCGAUUUCUCUUUCAGUAUGUUUUCCAUCUACGAGCUCUGCCAAGUUCUCGGCAUCAACCACCCGCAGGAACAGUCCACAUGCGUUGGGUAUACUCAGAAGAGACCGGACUGCCGAAAUCCAGUGGCAGGUCGAUAUCGUUCCGCAGGGACAGAUAAACUCGUGAAUAUCUGCGACGCUCUGGCUCGUGGAAUCCAGCCCUCGAUGCUGGAAACUCAGUUGCAAGAAGUAGCUAAACUGCUUAUUUGCAGGAAAAACCACCAGGCCCAGGCACCUGCGAAAGCCCAGAUAUGGAGUGAGCGACUGUUUAAAUACGUGGAAGACAGCAGGGUGGCAGGAGCCUACGGAAGGAUCCAGCCUCGAGGCUCUUCUCGCUCAUCCGGACCACAGCUCAGCGGUCCUCCGGUCGUGUCACUAGCAAGAACAACAAUCGCCCCCCUCUCAUCGACCAGAGAUGGAGACCUUGUCGACAUAGACCACAUCCUCCAGAUCCAGAGGGAGACACUCAGGACCCUGGGAGAAAUUCAAGCCAAGUUGGACCGACUGGAUAGCCGUAGGAUAAGGCUACAUAUUGCAGAAGUCCGGCAAAGGUCUGGUGGCGGAGCCUUCUCGCAAGAGGAAUCCCCCUCGGACGACGAACCCCCGGCCCGCAGCAGUGUUUCCUCGCCCGAGAUGAGGACGCUCGAAGAGUUAAUAAGAAGGCAGCAACGUCAAGCAUUUUCAGAGCAACCUCGACCAUCUCCACAACAACGUCAACUAUCCUCCUCUGGCGGACCCACAGCCUUGCCGCCGGCGCCUUUGUCUUCGUCCUCAUCCUCGUCGCCGUCCAGGACCAGCCGCGCAUCUUCCACCUCCCCUUCCGCCUCCGACGAAACAGAAUGCGGCAUCUGUCUGUCCAGCCUGCCCUCCCCGGGCCGAAGCAACGGCGACAUCUGGCGCUGUGCCACGUGCCACAACGCGACGCACGCCAUGUGCUUCGACGAGUGGAUGGCGCGGUCCACCGACGGCCGCGUGACGUGUAUUUACUGUCGAUCGCCUGUCUCGAACAUCUAGGUAAUUGGUCAGUUCACUCAGUCGGUCCUCGGCUUCGAUGGGGUCAAUAAUUGGAUUAUGUCCGCCUCCAGUCACAUCAAUCAAUCAGGAGAGAGUUGCCGGGUAGGCAAACACGGCGUCUUGGAGGAGGAGUUGUGAAUACAGUUCUCGUUGCGGGUUACGGUGGUACUUAACAGAACAGGAUCUUUGGCGCAAUGGGUGCAAGGGGUACAAGGGGUGUAUGCAUGGGAGGUUUGUGUGGCGAGGCUUUGAUAAUCCCGAUUCUGAGAUUCUGCAUGACGAUCUACAACAGACGGGAAUUGAAGGGCAGCGCUGUCUCCCGAUCACACGAAGCGGUCACAACGCAUCGGGUGGCCUUGUACAGGAUAGUGAUGGGAUUGACGGGAGCAUCGGCGUUGGUUGACAGGUGGCAUUGUUGG